CUUAGUUCGGAGCGAGCGGCUCGCGAUGCCGCACUAUGAGUCCUCCGAGUUUCGCGAUCCGAGACUUGCUCCCCGAGGCCUCGUCGCGGUCGCCCUCGCCCUCCGACACGGAGCUGGACGUCACCGGCACGGAGACCCCUCCGCCCGGCUCCUCCACCACACCAGAUGAAAAGAAAAACGAGAAACCCGCCUACAGCUACAACGCUUUAAUCAUGAUGGCGAUACGAAGCAGCCCUGAAAAACGACUCACACUGAACGGUAUCUACGAGUACAUCAUGAAGAACUUCCCCUACUACAAGGAGAAUAAACAGGGCUGGCAGAAUUCUAUACGUCACAACUUGAGUUUGAACAAAUGCUUUGUAAAAGUCCCGAGGCAUUAUGACGACCCGGGAAAAGGAAAUUACUGGAUGUUAGAUCCGUCUUCGGAUGACGUUUUCAUCGGCGGAACGACGGGGAAGUUGCGACGACGGUCCACAGCUGCUUCCAGAUCUCGUUUGGCGGCUUUUAAAAGAGGGGCGAUUCUGCAUCCGAUGUUUGGAAACCCAUACGCAUCCUUAGUCGGCCUAUACCCUCCUUUAUUAUCUGUGUACGGAAGAUAUGCCUUGCCGAGUCCCUUACUAAGGUUGCCGCCGCCUCCUCCUAACCCUUAUCAUCAGUUGUACAGGAGGAUACACGGGCUGUCUCCGCCGGUAAGUCCACCGGAACAGGACCCAGAUUCACACAUGGUGAAGCACAGUUGAUCGAAUUUGAUGUCUUGUGAAAUGUGAAUCUUCAACGAAAUAUCCUAGCGAUAUAUUGGUCUGAAGAUUUUAACCAAUAGAGGGAGAGUAUCAGUCUAUGGAUAGAUGUAAAGCAUCGAUUGCAUCAUAGUUCGGUGCUGGGGUGCAGUAGUGGUGUUGAACAAUGAAGUUUCGAAGUGACUGUGAUAGGAUGAGCGUGUGUAUAAAAUAAUCGUUUGUAUUUUGUAAAAAGUGGUACUUCUAUUUAUUUAUUGACGUAAGAUUCUAUUUAAUGAAAUUAAUUUAAUGUUAAGAGGCUAGAAAGUUAUAUCGGACGCAAUAAAAUAUGUCUCCAAA